UGUUAAUUCUCAUUUACAUUACACCGUGUAAUGUAAAUCUUACGAAACCGAAAUGCCUUUAAGUUUGAAGUGCUUAUUGGAAUCUAUUCUUCUUUUCACUAAUGCAGUUGCGAUAUUAAAUGAAAAAAGAUUUUUAGCAAAAAUUGGAUGGAAUCAUGAUGCAUCACAAACAUUUAGUGAUUCUCCUGGAAUAAAGUCUCAAUUGAUAAAUCUUAUUAAAUCUAUUCAAAUGGUAAUGAGAGUACCGCUAAUAUUUUUGAAUAUAGUUGUAAUUAUAUUGGAAUUGAUAUUGGGAUAAACUAUGUUAUAAAUAUAUAUAUAUUUUUUAAAUAAAAGUCUUAUAUAUUUU